AUGACUAAAAUAAGUAGUGAUAUAGAAUCGGAUAGGGUUGCAGAGCUCGAUAAAUUGUUAAGCUUGAUAAAGCCUAAAAUCCUUGAGUACAUCGAUAAGGCAGACCCAAAUUCCUCUAAUUACGAAAUUGAUUCUUUAGGAAAAUAUCAUAGUCCAGAAUUUUUAAAGAAAGAAUUUACUAAUGAUAAAGAACUCGAUAACGGUAUUAAAGGUGAUUAUGAAAAAUUGUCCAAUACCGUUGAUCAAGUCUUGAAAUACUCGGUUAACACAUGGAACCCAGGAUUUUUAGAUAAGUUAUAUGCAUCUAACAAUCCUAUUGGUGUCAUAUCAGACUUGAUACUAUCAAUUUUAAAUACCAAUUCACACGUAUACACUGUGUCGCCCGCUUUAUCAGUAUUGGAAAAUUAUAUUGGUAGGAAAUAUGCACAAUUAUUUUUUGACGAUGACAAAGAAACUUGUGGGGGUCUUACUUUUUCAGGUGGAUCGUGGUCAAAUAUCACUUCGAUGCAAAUUGCAAGAGCAUUGAAGUAUCCAGAUACUAAAGAAAACGGUAACGGAGAUUAUAAAUUUGCCAUCUAUACUUCAGAACAUUGUCACUACUCAGUGAUCAAAGGUGCUAUUUUGUUGGGCUUAGGGUCCCUGAAUGUUUUCAAAAUUAAAAUUUUGCCAGACGGAAGUAUGGACGUAAACGAUUUGAGUAAGGUUAUUGAGAAUUCCAUCGAGCAAGGAUACACGCCAUUGUAUAUCAACGGUACUGCCGGUACAACUGUAUUCGGAUCUUAUGAUCCAUUUGAAGAGAUCUCUAAGAUUGCUAAGAAAUUUGAUUGUUGGUUUCAUAUUGAUGGAUCUUGGGGUGGUAACGUUGUAUUUUCAGAAACUCACAAGUCUAAAAUGAAGGGUUCAAGGUUAGCUAAUUCCAUUACAGUUAAUCCUCACAAAAUGUUAGGGAUCCCAGCAACUUGCUCUUUCCUUUUGUUGCCCCAUGUUCUGCAUUUCCAGAAAUCUUUAUCGUUAUCAGCACCAUAUCUAUUCCACGGCAGGGAGAGUGAUGACGAUAGCAUUGAAAAUUAUGACUUGGCUGAUGGAACUAUGGGAUGCGGUAGAAGAGCCGAUUCUUUCAAAUUCUACAUGGGUUGGUUAUAUUAUGGAACGGAAGGCUUUGCUGGCCGUGUCGACCAUGCAUUUGCCAUCGCUAAAGACUUUGUUGAAAAGAUCAGUAAAAACCCUAAAUUUAAAUUGGUUAUCGGUAGUGAAAAGGAAUUGCCAGCAUGUUUGCAAGUCUGCUUUUACUAUAGGCCAUCUGAUUACACUGAUCACGACAAUACAGAAAUCACCCGUUUCAUUUCGAGAGAAUUACAUAAAAGAGGUAGGUAUUUGGUAGAUUUUUCACCUAACCCUACUGACAAAGGCAACGAAGGUGAGUUUUUUAGAGUUGUAUUCAAUUCGCCUACUUUAACCGAUAAGGUUGUCGAUGAUUUAAUCAACAGCAUUAUUGAAGUCGGUGCGGAAUACAAAAAAUAG